UGUGGAUGUGGCUAUUGGCAGAGCUGUGCUGACAUCUCUAGGAGCUGCUGAGCUGCUUGUCAGAGCCCCCAGCAGCAGCAGAAAUCAGGUUUUUGGGGGGUUUUUUUGGGUAUUUUUUAUUCGGGAGAGCUGGCGGGGGUUCCCCGGGAGCCGGAUUAUCCUGGCAGAAUUCCUCUUGAACUGCUCGUGGCCAUGGAGUCUCCGCUGAAAUCAGCAAACAGCUGACGUGCUCAGAGUGCAGAACCACCAGGGUGCCCGUCGCUGCGUCGCAGGGCUCUGAAGAUGUCCAACAGCAACACGGCACAGGAGUCCCUGGAAAUUAUGAAGGAAUCGGAAAAGAAGGUGGUGGAGGAAUCUGUGAACAAAACCAAAUUCGUGUCCCGCUCACCCAGCAAGGAGGAGGUGGAGAAGGAUGGGGGCGAGGAGGUCGGCGUGCGCCAGGAGUCUCAGAAGCGAACGUCGAGUCACGGCCACGCCAGGAAAAGAGCCAAGUCUAACUCAAAGCUGAAACUGGUCAGGAGCUUGGCUGUGUGUGAGGAAUCCUCAGGCCCCUUCGUGGAUGGGCUGCUGGAGUCUCAGGACAUCAUCCAGCUGCACGUGAGCUGCCCCUCUGACAAGGAAGAGGAAAAAUCCACAAAAGAUGGGGUGGAAAAAGAAGAAAAAGAGAAAAAUAAAGAGAAAACACCAAGGAGGAUGCUCUCUCGAGAUUCCAGCCAGGAAUAUACAGACUCCACUGGAAUAGAUUUGCAUGAAUUUUUAGUAAAUACACUGAAAAAAAACCCAAGGGACAGAAUGAUGCUGCUCAAGUUGGAACAGGAGAUCCUGGAGUUCAUCAGUGACAACAACAAUCAGUUCAAGAAGUUCCCCCAGAUGACCUCGUACCACCGCAUGCUGCUGCACCGCGUGGCCGCCUACUUCGGGAUGGAUCACAACGUGGACCAGACUGGGAAGGCCGUGAUCAUCAACAAGACCAGUAACACACGGAUCCCUGAGCAGAGAUUCUCUGAGCACAUCAAGGAUGAGAAGAACGCAGAAUUCCCUCAGAGGUUCAUCCUGAAAAGGGACGACACCAGCAUGGAUCGGGAUGACAACCAGAUCAGACUCCCCUUGCAGGAUGGGAGAAGGAGCAAAUCCAUCGAGGAGCGGGAGGAGGAAUAUCAGCGCGUCAGGGAGAGGAUCUUUGCACGAGAGUCUGGCCAGAAUGGAUUCCUCACAGACAGCAGGGGCGCCCGGGAGGGGCUGGGCAGGAGCCCCGGCAGCCGCCAGAGCAGCACCGAGAGCGAGAUCAAAUCCCUGGAGCCGCGGCCCUGGAGCAGCACGGACUCGGACGGCUCCAUGCGCAGCCUGAGGCCGCCCGUCACCAAGGCCAGCAGCUUCAGUGGCAUCUCCAUCCUCACCCGGGGGGACAGCGUGGGCAGCAGCAAGGGCAGCGCCGGCAGCCGCAGCUCGCGGGCAGGUUUGGUGCUGGGUGCCCCUGAAGGCUGCAGCCCCUCGCCCUCAUCCCAGGCCAGCCGUGCCCUCCUGCCCUGCUCGGCCCCGCAGCCCCCCGGGCUCCCCCCAGCCCAGCAGCAGCAGCAGCAGCAGCCGCCCAUCAGCAGCCCCAUCAUGUCCCAGCCGGUGCCGGCGUUGCAGCCCGUUCCGUACUCUCCAAGCUCCUGCCCCCAAGUCCUCCUGCCAGUGUCUCCACCCCAGCAGUACAGCCUGGCCGACGAGCUCAGCAGCCCCUUCGGGCAGAUCAGCCUGAGCCGCCAGGGCUCCACAGAAGCUCCGGACCCCUCGUCGGGGAUGUUCCAGCCGUCGCUGCUGUCCCAGCACCCGCAGCAGCCGGGGUUCAUCAUGGCAGCCCCCCCUGGGCAGCCCAUCCCCACCUCCAGCUACUCUGCCUCGGGGCACACGGCCCCCAGCCAGCCGGUGCUGCAGCCCCAGGGCUACAUCCAGCCCCCUCAGCAGAUUCAGGUUUCUUACUACCCCCCUGGGCAGUACCCCAACUCCAGCCAGCAAUACCGACCCCUCAGUCACCCAGUGGCCUACAGCUCCCAGCGCCCCCAGCAGCUCCCCCAGCAGUCCCAGCAGCCAGGUUUACAGCCCAUGAUGUCCAACCAGCAGCAGAGUUACCAGGGCGUGGUGGGGGUGCAGCAGCCUCAGCCCCCCGGGCUCCUCGGCAGCCAGAGGAACAAUUUGGGGGGCCAGAUGCAGAACGUGCUGGGGGUGCAGCAGGCACAGCCCCCCGGGCUGCUCAGCACCCAGAGGAGCAGCAUGGGCAGCCAGAUGCAAGGGCUGAUGGUGCAGUACACAGCCCUGCCCUCGUACCAGGUGCCCAUGGCCAGCGAGUCCCAGAACGUGGUCCAGCAGCCCUUCCAGCAGCCCGUGCUGGUGCCAGCCAGCCAGUCUGUGCAGGGCGGGCUCCAGGCUGGAGGGGUGCCCAUCUACUACAGCGUCAUCCCAGAAACAACUCAGCAGAAUGGCACCAGCCCGUCCGUGGGGUUCCUGCAGCCCCCUGGCUCCGAGCAGUACCAGAUGCCGCAGUCGCCGGCGCCCUGCAGCCCUCCCAGAUGCAGCAGCAGUAUUCAGUACCAGGGGGGGUGUCCCCAUCAGGCCCCUGGCGUGGUGGUGAUGCAGCUGAAUGUCCCCAACGGCCCCCAGGCCCCCCAGAACCCGCCCGUGGUGCAGUGGAGCCACUGUAAGUACUACAGCCUGGAGCAGAGGGGGCAGAAGCCUGGAGACCUCUACAACCCCGACAGCACUGCUCAGGCCAGCACCCAGCUGAGCAGCCCCAUCACGUCCCCCACGCAGUCGCCGACGCCGUCGCCCGUCACCAACCUGGGCAGCGUGUGCCCGGGGCUGAGCCCCCUGCCCGUUGCUCACCCAGUUCCCCCCAGGCCCAUGGGCCCUGCACAAGGUAAGCUCUGGGAAUCUGCAGAUUCAGAGGUUUUGGGGAGAGCUGCAAAAGGCAGGACUCAGGGACAGCAGAACUUGUGAGCAGAGCUAAGCAGCAGCCAUGGGAGUGGUCAGC